AAACAACUACAACACCAGAGACGUCCAUAGCAGCCACAACUGUUCCAGAAACAACUUCAACCCCCAAAACAUCCUCAAUAGCGACAGAUGUUACAGAAACAACUACAAUACAAGAAACAACCACAGCAGCCACAACUGUUCCAGAAACAAUUACAACUCUAGUCAUAUCCAUAGCAGCCACAACUGUUCAAGAAAAAAAAUUCUCAUCCGAAACAUCAACAGCAGCCACAACUGUUCAGGAAACAACUACAGCGCACGAAACAACAACAGCCGUCACAAGUGUUCCAGAAACAACUACCUCAUCCGACACAUCCUCAACAGACACAGCAGCUACAACCUUUCAGGAAACAGCUUCAAGACCAGAAACAUCCUCAGCACCCACACCUAUUCCAGAAACAACUACAACACUCGAAAGAUCUACAGCAGCCACAACUGUUUCAGAAACAUCAACAACCCCAGAAACGUCCAUAGCAGCCACAACUGUUCCAGAAACAACCUCAACACCAGAAACAACCACAAUAGCCACAACUGUUCCAGAGACACCUACCCUAUCCGAAACAUCCUCAACAGCCACACCUGUUCCAGAAACAACUACAACACCAGUCACAUCCAUUGCAGCCACAACUGUUCAUGAAACAACUACAACACCAGAAACAUCAUCAGCAGCCACAACUGUUCCAGAAACAUCAACAACACGUGAAACAUCCUCAGCAGCAACAAUUGUUCCAGAAACAACUAGAACUCCUGAAACAACCACAACAGCUACAAUUGUUGAGGAAACAACUAUAACACCGGAAACAUCCCCAACACCGGAAACUUCCUCAAUAGCGACUGCAGCAACAACUGUUCAUGAAACGCCUUCUUCAUCCGAAACAUCCUCAACAGCAGCCACAACUGUUCACAAAACAACUACACCACCAGUCACAUCCAAAGCAGCCACAAGUGUUGCAGAAAAACCUUCCUCAUCCGAAACAUCCUCAACAGCUACAACUGUUCCAGAAACAAGAGGAACACCAGAAACAUCCACAGCAGCAACAACUGUUCACAAAGCGCCUUCCUCAUCCGAAACAUCAUCAACAGCAGCAACAACUGUUCAG